AUGGCCGGUCGCGAUACCUACAAGCCACCCAAAGAACCAUCGCGACAUGAUAGAUCGGUAAAACUCUACGACAGUCACGAGGUGCCAUCCUGGUACGCCCACAACGCCUGGAUAACCACCGGCUACCGUCCCGUCACGAAAUCGAUACCCCUCUGCAUCCGCAGCCUAUCUUACCUGCAUAACGAGACUGUCAACAUCUACUCGCAUCUCAUUCCUGCCGUCGUUGUUCUUUUGGCCAGCUAUUCUUUUGACCGCUAUUUCAUCAGUCGCUUCCCGCAAGCGACAUGGACCGACGAACUCGUCUUCCGAAUUUUCCUGACCACGUCUGUGAUAUGCUUCGGUACUUCCGCUGCGUAUCAUACGCUGAUAUGUCAUUCUGAGACGUUCGCUAGUCUAUGGGUGAGAUUGGAUUAUGUUGCGAUUAUAGUUCAGAUCGUAGGGAGUUUUAUACCCGGCCUUUACUUUGGGUUUUAUUGUGAAACGCAGUUGCAGAAGGUAUACUGGUCGAUGAUCAUCACAUUAGGAACUUUGACAGCGACUAUGGUCAUCAACCCUAGCCUUCAUGGCCCGAAAUGGAAAAGUUUACGCCUGUCGGCUUUUGUCGCUACAGGCUUUUCGGCUUUUGCGCCCAUCAUGCAUGGCGCGUUACUAUUCCCUUAUGGCCAAUUUGACAAGCAAACUGGUCUGCGUUAUUACUACCUUGAAGGUGUUCUGAUAAUGAUGGGUGUUUGGUUCUAUGCGAAACACUUCCCAGAGUCUUGCAGACCGAAGAGAUACGAUAUCUUUGGUGCAUCGCAUCAGCUGUUCCACCUCUUCAUCGUUUUAAGUGCUAUAGCGCAUUAUUACGGAGUCAUGAGCGCUAUGGAGUGGAACUAUGUGAACCAGCGUUGUCAGUGGUCGUGA